CUAAAAAAAAAAAAAAACUAUAUUUUUUAAUUAAACAGUUUUUUUUUUUUAAUUGCAAGUAAGAUUCCGCGCCAGAAAUAACAGAAGCUGAUACAUUCUCAAGCGUUUUUAUCUAUCUUUUCAAACUUAAUGUAAAACUUAAGGAAGUCUAAACUUGAGGUAUCUGUGAGCUCCAAAAUGCAAAUUUCCAUGCCAAUCCGAACCCCAUCAUUGGUUUCAAGACGAAGACUUUUGGAAGAGAAGCUCAUAGGCCUCCACAAGUGGGCCAACCUCAAACAAGUUAAGCAAGUCCACGCCCAGAUUCUCAAAGCCAAUCUCCUCCAGGACCUCUCUGUAGCACCCAAGCUUAUAGCUGCUUUUUCUUUAUGCCACGAAAUCGUGUUGGCAGUCAAUGUUUUCAAUCAAAUCCAACAACCCAAUGUGCAUUUGUACAAUACUUUGAUCAGAGCCCAUGUUCGCAACUCUCAGCCUUCACAGGCCUUUGCAACUUUCUUUGAAAUGCAGAGUAAAGGGGUUUAUCCUGAUAAUUUCACAUACCCAUUUCUUCUUAAAGCCUGUUCUGGCCACUCUUUGUAUCCUAUGAUCCAAAUGAUUCAUACCCAUAUUGAAAAGUUUGGUUUUUGUUCGGAUAUUUUUGUGCCCAAUUCGCUUAUUGACAGCUAUUCCAAGUGCGGAUCCUUUGGGGUUAAUGCAGCGAGGAAGUUGUUUAUGGUGAUGGGACAGAGAGAUGUUGUGUCUUGGAAUUCUAUGAUUAGUGGUUUGGUGAAAGCGGGUGAGUUGGGGGAGGCUCGCCACUUGUUUGACGAAAUGCCGGAAAGGGAUACUGUUAGUUGGAAUACAAUAUUGGAUGGGUAUGUGAAGGCUGGAGAAAUGAACAAGGCAUUUGAAUUGUUUGAGAAGAUGCCUGACAGGAAUGUUGUGUCUUGGUCAACUGUGGUUUCGGGUUAUUGUAAAGCAGGGGAUAUGGAUAUGGCAAGAAUGUUGUUUGAUAAGAUGCCUGUCAAGAACAUAGUUCCUUGGACUAUAAUUAUAUCUGGGUAUGCUGAAAAGGGGAUGACAAAGGAGGCAAUUAGCUUGUAUGAUAAAAUGGAGGAGGCUGGGUUGAGGCCUGAUGAUGGGGCUGUCAUUAGUAUUUUGGCUGCUUGUGCCGAGUCUGGUUUGCUUGGAUUGGGUGAGAAAGUUCAUGCCUCUAUUAAGAGAACUAAAUUUAAGUGUAGGACUUCAGUGUCAAAUGCAUUAGUUGAUAUGUAUGCAAAGUGUGCUUGCUUAGACAAGGCAUAUAGUGUCUUUGAUGGUAUGGCUAGGAGAGAUGCAGUAUCUUGGAAUGCCAUGCUCCAAGGGUUAGCCAUGCAUGGGCAUGGUGAGAAGGCACUUCAGCUUUUUUCUAGAAUGAAUGAAGAAGGUUUUGCGCCAGAUAAAGUUAGCUUCAUUAGCAUCUUAUGUGCUUGUAGCCAUGCUGGCUUUGUUGAGGAAGGCCUUCAAUACUUCUACACAAUGGAGAGAGACUAUGGGAUUAUUCCUGAAGUUGAGCAUUAUGGUUGUGUGAUCGACUUAUUAGGUCGUGGGGGGCGUCUUAAAGAAGCUUUUAGACUUGUGCAAAGCAUGCCAAUGGAAUCAAAUGCCAUUAUUUGGGGAACCCUUUUGGGUGCAUGCCGAAUGCAUAAUGCUGUGGAUCUUGCUGGGGAGGUUGUGGAUCAUUUAAUUAAAUUAGAACCAUCGGAUGUAGGGAAUUUUUCCAUGUUGUCAAAUAUUUAUGCUGCAGCUGGAGAUUGGGACAGUGUUUCCAAUGUAAGGCUGCGAAUGAGAAGAAUUGGAAUCCAAAAGCCAUCAGGGUCUAGUUCUAUAGAGGUUGAUGAGGAGGUGCAUGAAUUCACAGUAUUUGAUAAAUCACACCCUAAAUCAGAUAAAAUAUAUGAGAUGAUUGACAGAUUGGUACAGGAUCUUAAGCAGGUAGGAUAUGUGCCAAAAGCAUAUCAAUAGAAGUGCAGAUAAUGGUUCAGGUACCCAACACGUUGCUAAUCUAUCAAUUAUGUUGCUAGCGUAUUUUUAGUUAAAGGGGACGGGCAUUUUUGUGAAUCCUCAUUUUGUGGAACAUUUUCUGGAAAAAGUCCUCAAGAAUGCUUCUGUUUUUUUGCUGGAUGUGUUUCAGCAUAAAUUGACUGUACUAAUAGAAGAAGGAUGGUCUGGUUUAUUUUUUAUAUAUGUAUACAAAAAUAUUUAAAAAUUGUAAGUUGUUACUGAUUAUGCAAGUUUCUUUUAUAUUCUGUUAAAGUGAUCCUUAUUGUCUCUCCAUAAAGUUGGAGGAUUUAUCUUA